AUGGAUUCGUUCAACACCGACGAUUUAAGUUCAACAGUUUUGUACAGUUUGUCGGAAUAUGAACUUACUGAUUCUGCUGAUGAUACCGACUUAACUACAGGUGUAAAUCUUGGACGAUCCGAUGUCGAAUGUAAUAAUGGUAUAUUAUCGGACACAUUUUUGAAAACUCAUUGUCUGCAGGCAUCAGAUUUUGGUGAUUCUCCGCCGUCUGAUCUUAUACGUUCGAACAUAAAUUGUGCUGAUGAAUAUUUAUUUUUUCCACGUCGUGAGUCUUCAGUAAAAACAUUUACGCCCAGAGUAACUACUGAUACAGCCUGUAAUAAACGUUUUGCUGCUUACACUAAGAAACAUACUUCUGUGUGUCGUAUUAGUUCUAAUAACCACAAACCUUUCACCAUGGACAUAUCUAAGUGCCGGAAAUUUUCAGGCUUAGCCUAUGAGAAUGCUGCGAAGUUUAUGCAGGAGUUUCAGUCUUAUGUCAAUUUGUACUCUUUGGCUGGAGACCCCGACAACCAGAUAGACGAUAAACGUGUGCCAUUAUUCCAUCUCUUACUGCAUGGACCGGCUCAGACCUGGUUUAAUACAAACAAAUUACAUGACCAAAAGUGGGAAGUUGUACAGCAGGCCUUCCAAGAUGAAUACACAAAACUCUCUGCUUCAAGUCCGGCCCUACUUCUAGAAGUGCAAAAUUUUGUGAACAUGACACUUUCGCCCCACGAGCCACUUGAGGAUUUUUACGCCCGACUUAUUGAAAGGGGCCAACGGGUGGGCAAAUCUGAUGUCGAAAUAUUGUCCAAGUUUAUUUCUGCACUGCCGGAAAAGUUGCAGUUUUUUGUAAGUGCCGGUCAGCCGAUGGACAGUCACUCUGCAUUGACAGCUGCACAGAUGGGUAGCUUAUAUGGUUUUCGUUCUGGGGAUGCUAGUGUGUCACAUCUGAUACCUGUGUCUAGUAACACCGGUGGUACUCCAACCAGUGUGUCGCAUGUAGCCCCUGUGUCAACUACUAGUACCAAUGCUGACUUGAACUCUAUUGUUGAGAAACUUAAUACAGUCGUAGACAAGAUGGCAAAUACACAUCUAGUUAACUUAGAGACACAUGAACGAUAUGGGCGUUCCCCUGAUAUUACCACGUCACGUGUACGCGAGCGCGCACCAGACAGAACAAGCCCUUAUAACCGUGCUGGUUUCAUAACAUGUCAUCGGUGUGGAGGAUGGCCAUACCGCGUUAAUGUGUGGACAGUUAAACUACCAAGCCCCGGCGAGGAACUCACGGCACAACUCUCCGGGCCAUGUACCUCCAGUGCCAUACCAAUUCCCCAGACCACCUCAAUUUCCACAUAUGAUGCCACCACACUAGAAACUGACUCUGACACAAACACUGACUUUAAGUCUGAUGGUGCCACAAAAUCAGAUAUGAACUCGCAUUUCUUGUACAUGCCUGUCAAAUUUGGUAACUUAGAUGUUGCUGCUUUGAUUGAUACGGGUAGUCAGAUAAAUGUCAUGUCCCAUUACAUGUAUGACUCAAUUCCUGCCCAUUGUAAAUCAUCACUUUGUGUUGAUAGUUGUACCAACAUUGUUUUAGCAAAUAACCAAACAAUCCACGUCUAUGGUAAAGCAAAAGUUUACAUGAAAACUCCCCAUGGUAACCAUAGUAUUGAAGUUUUUGUCAUUCAGGAAAGCUCCCACCCUUUACUGUUGGGAGUUAGUUAUCUGGCUACCUAUAAUAUUACCCUAGAUUUUGGUAAUUACACUUACUUGUCAGACAGAGCUGAUAUAGUGUGUUCGAAAAGAUGUGUGAUUUCACCCAACAGUGAAUGUCAAUUAUGGGCUUCUGUUCCAAAUACUUUAUAUGGUGUCCAGGGUGUAUGUCAGGGUAAUACAAAACUACACAAAAGUGGUUUACUUAUGGCUAAGAGUGUUGUAAAUGUCAAUAAAAAGUGUAUGAUACCUGUACAACUACUAAAUCCCACAGGUAAAUCAGUAACAGUGCCUAGAGGCAAGGUUUUGGGGCGAUUUCAAGUUUUAAAUUUCAACAAAGAUGUUAUAUUGAAUGACCACAAUUUCAAUGUUCAUGCUCCAGAUACAUUUCCAGACAAAGGUCAUGCUAAAUCUGGGCCUACUAACUCCAGUGUAGAUUCAUUACUUACUGAUGCCAAAUUUUGCCAAAAUGUUGCCCAUGUACAUGAUGCUAUGUUACCAACAGAUGCUAGUACUAGUUCCGCUGACACUAAUGUAGACUUGACCGCUGAUGUUGCUAGAUGUUGUCAUGUUGUUACCAAGUCUUUAUCUGAUGUCAGUGUACCUAGUUCAUCCAAUCAUUUGAUGUCCCCUGUAAAUACCAAUUUUACUGAUGAUAAAUGUUGCCAACAUGUUGCUCAGUCUACAUUUGAUGUUGGUAUGCCCAGUUCAAGUGAUGCCACCACUGGUAUCUCUAAUGUUGCCCAGCAUAGCCCAUUUACCCAAUCAGUGAAUAUGUCAUGUUGUCAACAUCAUGGCAAAAGUGAUGUCAAAUGUACAAAUGAUGCCAAAUGUUCUCAUGUUGUCAACACUUGUCUUGAUGCCAAAUGUUGUCAAAGUGAUACUACAAAUGAUGUCAAAUGUUGUCAUGUUGCCAAGUGUCACAUUUUUGAUUCACCUGUUUUUGAUAAAUGUGUUUCUAAGGAAAAUAUUCAAGCUGCCAAACCUUGUACAAAUGUUGACUUAUUUGAGAAAUGUAAUUGUGCUGUUGAUGAUUUACCUUUGCAAUCAAAUUUCUGCACAGCACAUAGGAAUGUUUUAGAUAGUGUAAAUAAGAUUUAUGUACAUAAUGAGAAGUGUAGUUUGCCGAGUACUAGAUUUUUUCAGAAUAGCCCUGAAAUGUUUUCAUGUAACCAUUUAUCUACAUCAAGUCCUACUCAUUCUGUAGAUAAACCAAGAGCAAGUAACUCUGUUGAUAAUGAAAGAUUUAGUUCUUAUUUUGAUGUUUCUGAUACCCUAUCGGAACAGGAAAGGUCACAAUUGUUUGAACUUUUACAUAAACAUGCUGACAUUUUUGUUACCCCAGAUAAUCCGUCACUUGGUUAUACGGAUCUUGUUCAGCACAAGAUUUUGUUAAAACCGGACCCUGUAGCUAAAAACCAGAAACCAUACAGACUUUCUCCGGAUAAACGUCAGGUUUUGCGUCAUCAGUUAGAUGAACUCCUAUCACAGGGCAUCAUAACUCCAGUUUCUGAAAUGGAUGAUCUUAUUAUCACCAGUCCCAUUGUGCUAGUGACUAAACGCUGUAAAGACCUGGAUAAACUCCAGGAUAACUCGCGGGAAAAGAGCUUGGCCCAAUAUCGUUUCUGCUGUGAUUUCAGACAUUUAAAUUCACAGACACGUCCAUUCCACUAUACUAUUCCCAAUCUACAAGAAUUGACAGAGUCAUUUAGUGAACGUGUACCAAACUUUAUCACUUCAAUUGACUUGUCGUCUGGAUUUUUCCAGAUGGGCAUUGCUCCCGAGUCGCGACGCUAUACUGCUUUUAACACAUGUUUCGGGACAUAUCAAUUUCAGCGGAUGCCUAUGGGCCUAUCAACAGCGCCGAAUACAUUCCAGUUACUAAUGGACAAAGUCUUGCAUGGCCUUACCUUUCGUGCAGUGUUGUGUUACUUGGAUGAUGUUUUGGUAUUUUCAGAAACGUUUAGCCAACAUCUCGCUGAUCUACACGAUGUAUUUUCGAGGUUUCAUGCUGCCGGUUUAAAGUUGGGCCCCAAAAAGUGUUCAUUUGCCAAAUCAUCCUGCCUAUACUUGGGUCACAUCAUUUCAAAGGAUGGUAUUCGCCCUCCACCUGAUCGGAUUAAAGCGGUACAGGAUAUGCCUAAACCAAGUAAUCUUACUGAGUUGAAACGUUUUCUUGGUCUAAUGAACUGGUUUCGCAAAUAUAUACCCAAUUAUGCUGCAGAGGCUCAGCCGUUGCUACGGUUACUGAAAAAGGACCAGAAAUUCAUAUGGACAUGUGAACAGGAUGCCGCAUUUGUAAAAUUGAAACUUCUCCUCUCCGACUCCGAUAUACUCGCGUUUCCACGCUAUGACCUGCCAUUUCAUCUAGGAGUGGACACAUCUUCCAAAGGAAUCGGAUAUAUGCUAUACCAGCUUCACCCCACAGAUACUAUGGAAAAGGAGGUUGAUAAAACGCAUGCAGAACCUAGCAUCCACAAAAUCAUACGGUUUGGAUCGAAGUCGUUAAAUAAAGGCCAACAGUCAUAUGGACCUACAAAAUUAGAACUGUUGGGUGUAGUGACCAGUGUUCUUGACUGUGCAGAUUAUUUGCGGGGACGCCAUUUUAUCAUCGAAUGUGACCACCAGGCACUCCGACCACUUUACCAGAAACAAUUUCAUGGUGCCAUAUAUGAAAGAUGGUUGGCUAUCCUACAGCAGUUCAGCUUUGAUUGGGACUACAAACCUGCCGCAAAUAUGGUCGUAGAGGACGCCCUCAGUCGAUGUCGUUCAAAUGAAAAUGAACAUUUCUCCAGCCCAAAUGAGGAUGAUCCGCAUUUCCCAUAUGUUAAUGAACCGCAAUGUGUCAUCAAUCUGCCUAAUGGACAAGACAUCAGAGAUUUGUUAAAGUGUCAACAUACUGAUACUGAUGUUCCGUCGGCGAAACAUGAUGUUGUCAUUGUUGAUAGUAAUGAACAGUGUUUGAACAUUAACUCUAAGAAAGUGCAACAUGUUGCUUUACGUCAACCAAUGCCAGUCUUCGAUGAUGUUGAUGACGGCUAUGAUGCUGACACAGAUGACGCCGUUGAUCAAAAACGUAUUGGACAUUCACGACAUAUCUACCACAAACGCAUGUCUCAUGGAAGUACUGUUGCUUCAAAACCUCAACAAAGUCAAGUCUCCAAACCACAGUCCGAUAUCGGGAUAGUCCCUACAGAAACCGUUUCAGACCAUAACAAUGUUCUGUGUGAUUCUUCCAUUGGAGUGGAUGAUGACAUUGAAAUCUUGAACUCUGUAGACUUAGAUUCUUCAGACAUCAGUGAUGAGCAGGUACUUCAAUCCCAUCAACUGUUAUCGCCACUUUGUUCCGACAUUCAUAUUCCACUACCACCAGCAUUGGAAAAUCAGAUGAAUCUGACACAGGACAUACAACAUACAACGUUGGAUGAUCGGGAGAUGUCCGACAAAGACGACGAGUCAGAUCUAGAAAUAUUAACGGACAGUAUUGAUGUACAAACAGAAUCUGACCCGCAGAUUGACCAAAUACGGAAUCUUGAGGUUUUUAAUACAACAAAUUUCUCAAGGCAAGAUAUCAUUGAUUUACAGAAGGUUGAUGAACAUUAUCGUGACUUAUAUAGAUAUCUUUCCAAUGGUGCUUUACCUACAUCGCAGAAACAAGCGCGAGUGAUUUUACUGAAAUCUUCUGACUUCAUCCUUGUUGAUAACCUCCUAUUUCAUUCUCGGAUUGCUAAAUCGAAACGCUCUCAGCUCAUGGAACACUACCAACUUGCAUUGCCACAACCCAUGAUACGAACUAUGCUACAUCUUUAUCAUGACUCUCCUAUGGGUGGGCAUGGCGGUAUUCAGCAUACCUAUGAUACCUUGAGAAUGCACUACUAUUUCCCCAAGAUGUCGUGUAUAGUCGGUGAUUAUGUUCGAUCUUGUCACGAGUGUCAAACCCGUAAAAUGACGAAGCUACCUACCAAAUCAACAAUCACUGCUUUCAAAACGCCUUCUGCUCCAUUUGAAGUGUGGCAAAUUGACUUAUAUGGACCACUGCCAACUUCUUCCAAGGGUAAUUCAUACAUUUUCACUGCAAUUGACUUGUAUACGCGGUAUUUAUUUGUAUUACCUAUUCCCAGCAAGGACGUGAUUACGGUAUCUCAGUGUCUUUUUGAACUAUUUCAACAAUUUGGAGUAUGUGACUCGCUUCUUAGUGAUCAGGGCACUGAGUUUAUGUCGAAAUGUACUGCAGAGGUAUGUCGUCUACUAUCAGUCGCUCAGUUCUUUACUCCCGCCUUUGUGCAUCAUUGUCUGGGAUCAUGCGAGCGUGCUCACCGCACCUUAGCUGAGCGGAUAACACCAUACAUUAGCCAAGGUAAGACUUGGGAGGACAUAUUACCUGCAAUUGUGUUUGCAAUGAACAACUCCGUAAACAGUGGUACAGGUUACUCCCCGUUUGAAGCUCUGUAUGGACAACGACCAAAAUUUCCUCUUGGCAAUGUUUCUAAUACCGACUUUGGACGUCUGCCUGCUACCUGUCAUGAUUUUAUUCGUCAAAGAGCAAAACGGCUGUCACUCAUUCGUUCUGAAAUGCUUGACAAUGUCAAUAAGUCACGUGAGAAAAUGACGGACCGUGUUAAUCGUGAUUCGCGCCCAUUGGAUCUUACAGCUGGUGACUAUGUAUAUCUUCAGACAAUACCUACGGGCCAAGGUCACAAACUACAACCAAAGGCGUCCGGGCCUUAUGUCGUUCACCAGGUCCUUAGUUCUCAUAUGAUAUCCCUGAAGGACAAAGAUUCAGGAAAGGUUAUGUCUAAACCUGUACACGUGGACCGCCUCAAAAUGGCUUACAUUCGGGCUCCUAACCCAACAAACUUUUUCAUCGAUGAAGCCAUUACUUCUGUUCGCGCACCUACUCAGGACCCACGUUUUGAUGUUUCCACUGAUAUUGACGCAUUUGAUGCACCUACUGAGGUUGAUUCACCAGGCUCAGCUUUGAACACCGACCUCCCUUCCGAUGUGUUUGAUUGUACGACUGAAGUCGAUUCUUUAAGUGCUGAUAACUUUUCCGCAUCAUCGCAUCAUACAACAUUAUCUCUGUUGGUUCGACCUAAACGACAAAUUAAUAAACCCCUUCGGUUCCGUGAUGAUGAACACUUUAACCCUGACACUCUCUUCUCGUCUGAUAUGUUGAGUGAUGGUGGUGUACAUAAAAUAAAGCGUGUGUUAGCUCAACGGCAAGAUGGCACAAACACGAACUAUCUUGUUCACCUUGUUGGUGAGCCCGCUCAAAAUGCGCUCUGGAUUCCGUUCAGACGCUUAGAUGCUGCUGCUAAACGUCUUGUAAGACGCAAACCUCCCCCAGUUGUAUAG